CUCUCCGCCUAUCAGAGAAAGGGCUAUCAUUUUCCCGCCUUAACUCCGCCCCUUACGUCCAAGCGUCUUUUCAGGAACUGCCCUCUCAACGCGUUCCCAUGGCAAUCCUCGGUCGCCUUCAACAGUGUAAAAACUGAACUACAAUACCCACAGGCCACCUAUCCCCGAUUUUGUUUCUAUUCUAUUCCCAGAGUGCUCAGCGGAACCUCUAAGUCCAAGAAGCGGGUGGAGAUAGGAAGACUAGGGAAAGGAGCUCGCACAGUGUUCUGGGAAACGGAGUCUUCGAGCCGGUGCGGAGUCUCGGUGGAGUAGUUUGAGGAAAUUCACGCGGCGGCGGAAGUGGUUAUGAGGCGCGAGAGAGAGGAGUUGGGUCGGCUUUUCCCUCCCGGCGGGAGUCGCAUCUGUUAAUCCGGCGGAGCAGUCUUUCAGCCCUGCCAGUGGGGAACGUGGAGGAAAAGGAGAGGGAGCUUGAACGAGACCUCCAAGCUGCUGGGCCCUAGUUGGCUGUGACUGUGGAAUUUGCACCUCUUGGGGAUGCAGCCAUGGACUUCACCUUGGACUGGGAGCACCUAGGGCUGGACCAGGGGGACCUGUUCUGGGACACAGCGCUGGACAACUACCAGAACAUUUUCCUUCUAAAUCCCUCCAAACCCAAACUGACCUCCCAGCCAGAUGGCGCCGAAGAGCAGAAGGUGCUGGAGAGAGAAAGCCCAGAAUCAGCAGGCCCCAACCCGGCUGAGGUCAAGAACUGUCUUCUGGGCCAAGACUUCUUGGAAGAAGGACUCUCCCAGGAGAUUGUGGAGACGUUUUCCAAGGAUGGCCUCUGGAACUCCAGUUGGGGGAAAGCCUGUGUAGGCGAGAGUUGGUUAGAUAGUUUCCUAGGAGAUCCAGAAAGUUUUCUGAGGUCUGACUUUGUUACCAAUAAGGAAAGUCCCAUAGAAGGCAGGAGUCAUGAUCUCAAGGGAGACUUCGGUCCUGAGUCCCUCCUUUCCACAGGAGAGGAUUCUGUGAUACACGAUCUUCCUGAAAAGAGCCUGGCACCAGCUACAUCUCUGGAACAUGGGAAUGACUUUGGCUGUGACUUAGACCAGAGCCGACAGGAGACUGUCCAGGAAGAGGAGAAACUGUAUAAAUGUAGUGAAUGUGGGAAGAGCUUUGGCCAGAGUUACCACCUUAUCCAGCACUGGAUUAUUCAUACUAGAGAGAAACCCACUGUGCAUCAAGAGUAUGAGGAAGGUUUCAGCCAGAGUUCUUGCCUCUUUGUGCCUCUGAUGACUCAUACAGGCUACAAAUCCCACGUGUCUACCAAGUACGGGAAGACUUCCAGUCAGAAUAUACACCACCUGUGGCAUCAGAAAAAUCACACUGGAGAAAAACCACCUAAGAAUGAAGAUGGUGACCAGCCAUCGGAUCUCAGCUUACAGCCUGCUGAGCAUCAGAAAACCCACACAGGGAGUCAGUCCUACGGAUGCAGUGAGUGUGGCAAGAGUUUCAGCCGAACCUUUCACCUUAAACAGCAUCAGAAGACCCACACCCAGAAAUGCUAUGAAUGUACCAAAUGCAAGGCAACCUUCAACUUCCGUAAAUAUCUCCUCCGACACCAGAAAAUCCAUACUGCAAACACUCCCUCUGAGUGUCAGGAGUGUGGGAAGGUCUUCAGACGGAGCUUGCUGCUCACCAAACACCAGUCUGUUCACACUGGAGAAAAGCCUUACAAGUGUGAUCAGUGUGGGAAACCCUUCAGGAAUAUCUCAACCCUAAAGAUCCACCAGAGGGUUCACAGUGGAGAGAAGCCUUACAAAUGCAAUGAGUGUGGGAAAGCCUUCUACCGGAACACUCAUCUUAAUGAACAUCAGAGGAUUCACACUGGUUACCGGCCUUACAAAUGUCACAAAUGCAUCAAGAGUUUCAGCCGGCCCUCCCACCUGAUUCGACACCAGUCCAUCCAUGCCACAGAAAAGCCCUACAGCUGUGCUAAAUGCAAGGAAACUUUCAGCCACAAUGAACACCUUGUCCAACACCAGAAAAUGCACAGUGUGGAGACCCCUUAUGAAUGUCAGGAGUGUGGUGAGCACUUCAUCUGCAGCUCCACCCUAACUUGCCACCAGACUGUUCACACCAGAGAAAAACAAGGACUUGGGGAGAGCGGGAGGAUCUUGAAUCAGGACUCAGAGCAGAGGGAGCAACCAAAGAUAGGCGAGAAGCACUUUAAAUGUAACAAAUGUGAGAAAACCUUUAGCCGCAGCAAAUACCUGACUCAACACAAGAGGGUUCACACCAGGGUGAAGCCCUUUGAAUGUAACCAGUGUGGAAAAGCCUUUGGCCAAAGUACACAGCUCAUUCGCCACCAGAGCAUCCACUCUGGGGCAAGGCGGUAUGAAUGUGGGAACUGUGGGAAGGCCUUCAUCCACAGCACUUCCCUCACCAAACAUCAGUCUGUCCAUAAGAGUGAGCACCCCUUUAAAUGUAAUGAAUGUGGAAAGACCUUCAGUGAGAGCGCACAUCUUUCAGAACACACUGCAGAGAAACUCUUCCAGUUUAACAAGUGCGACAAAGCCUUUGCCCACAGUAACUACCUUACUGAGGAUCAGAGAGGUCAUGCUAGAAAGAAGUCCUUUGAGUGUAACAAAUGUGGAAAAUCAAUCCAUCAGAGCUCAUGCCUUUCCAAGCAUCAGAGAGAUCACACAGGUGAGAAACCCCACAAAUGCCCAGACUGUGGGAAAACCUUCAGCCUGGGUGCUCAACUCACUCAACAUCAGAGAGUUCACACCGGAGAAAAGCCUUAUGUUUGUCAGGAAUGCGGGAAAGCCUUUAGCCAGAGCUCGUGCCUUUCUGUUCACCAGCGAGUUCACACUGGAGAAAAGCCUUAUGUUUGUCAGGAAUGCGGGAAAGCCUUCAGGCAGCGCUCGUGCCUUUCUGUUCACCAGAGAAUUCACACUGGAGAAAAGCCUUAUGUUUGUCAGGAAUGCGGGAAAGCCUUCAGCCAGAGCUCAUGCCUUUCUGUUCACCAGAGAAUUCACACUGGGGAGAAGCCUUAUGUGUGUGCUGAAUGUGGGAAAGCCUUUGCCCAGAAAGCAAAUCUGAUGCAGCACGAGAGAAUUCACACUGGGGAGAAGCCUUAUGCCUGUAGGAUAUGUGGGAAAGCCUUUGGCCUCAGUGCCCAUCUCAGUCAGCACCAGAGGGUUCACACCCAAGAGAAACUGCAGUGUCAACCUUGUCAGCCCUUUGCUGCAGGUCUCAGCAGACAUUAGCAAGUUCACACUUACAGGUAACAAGGAGUUUAGAAAGUAACAAGUAGCAAUACUUCCUACUACUGGGUGGCAGCAAAGCCCCAUACAUCUGAACACAGUUCAUCUGAGUCCUAAAGUUGAAAUCACAUUGUAAGCUCCCUGCCCCCAAAUAAAUACAUCUCUUUAUCUACAAAGAGUGAUUAGAAAAUUUGUACACAAGUUUCAUGAAAACACAGUAGUUGAGAACAUGGGAAUUCAGAGGUAGAGAUAGUUGGCUGAUUGAAAUCUCAGCUCUGACACCUGCUACCUGAGUGAUCCUGGGAGAGUCAUGGGACCUCCUAGGGCCUCAGCAUCCUCAUCUGUAAAAUGGGCACAAUACCUACCUCAGAGGGCUGUUGUGAGGAUAAAUAAAUAGAUGUAAAUAAGCACUUUGAACUGAGUAGCCACCAAAUGUGAGCUACAAGUACUUACGAGAUACAACGAAUAUAUAUAUAUAUAUAUAUAUAUAUAUAUAUAUAUAUAUAUAGCAAUCCUCUAUUUACUGCAGUUAAUAUUAUGUGGUAGCUUUUAUUGUUUUUAAAAAGAUAUUUACUUGUGAGAGAGCAUGAGCAGGGAGCCCAACCUGAAAUUCGAUCCUAGGACCCCGAGAUCAUGACCUGAGCCAAAGGUAGAUGCCCAAAUAACUGAGCCACCCAGUUGUGCCUCAUUUUUUUAAAAGACUUUACUUUUAAGUAGUAUCUAUACCCAAUGUGGGGCUCAAACUCACCACCCUGAGACAAAGAGCCAUAUUCUCUUCUUAUUGAGCCAGUUAGGUGCCCUUGUGUCACUUUUUUUUUUUAGAUAGUUUUUUUUUUUUUUUAAAGAUUUUAUUUAUUUUAGAGAGAGUGAGUGGGAGGGCGAGGAAGAGAGAAUCUGAAGCAGACUCCACACUGACUACAGAGCCUGAUGCAGGGCUUGAUCCCACAACCCUGAGCCAAAACUGAGUUGGAUGGUCAACUAGCUGAGCCAUCCAGGUGCCCCAUAUAGCUUUCAUUUUUAAAAGUUUUCUCCAACAUGGCCCUGGCUAAAUUUAGUUUCCAAAACCCAGCAUCUUGCUCUUUUAUUUAAAAAAAGUCUAGACUUUUCCUUCCCUUUGCUCUGUCAUACUUUCUUAACUAAACCGCAGAAGCUAAGAAGAGCAUGUAAACUAACACCAAAUAGCUAGAACUUUCCACUCUUCUAACCUCCCAAACCUCCCACGCAGAAGGACACCCUCCCACAUAUACAUGUCACCUCUUCCCAUAAUUCCCUUCCCCCAUUUAAAGUUGGUUAUACAGUAUGAGACCCAGUUUGCUGUGGGAGUUAGUGGUACUGGAGCAGUAGGAUUCAUUUGGGAAAGCUGCAUUGUAUAUUGCCACAUGGUUCACAGAAGAUGUGCUUGAUAGUAGAAAUUGUGGUAUAUGGAAAUUGACAGCUAGAAUGUUCCUCAUGUACCAUUUGUUCAAGCCAGGUGCUUUGUCAGGCUCCAGGGUAGGGAAUAACAAUGUGGUAAGCCCUGCUCUGGCCUUGAAACUUCUGGAAUCAAAGAGAAGCGGAUGGCCCCAUUUCCACAGAGAGGUACCAUUCAUUUACAAGUGACAUCUUAAAAUGCCACAUUGCCUCAUGUCACAGCAAGUUCUGGGACCAUGGAGGAGUGCUAGAGAGCCCAGAGAGGAUACCAUCCUUCUUGUUGGAACUUCAGGUCAGCUGUUUGCCAGGCCUGUUCUACAGCUGAAACACGUGAAACCACACGGCUCCCUCUUGAUGACACCUUCUUAGCUCUGGGUUUUUGUGUCCCACCCUCUGAGUGACCAGUGACAGGUUUCCUGAAGCACAAACAGAAUCUAAUGAAGAAACUGACACUUUGGGUAUCUUUCAUGUUUUUGGCGCUAAAAAGCUUAGGAGUAUGUGCUCUUGAGCUUUUUAAACCUUGCACCUUGCAUUGUUCUGGUUGAUUGUUAUUGUUGAAACUGGGAACGGACUGGCUGACCAUUGGGCCCACACCCAGUGGGGAACAUACUGAUUUUCAAAUGGCCAGAACAGCGAGCUCACUGCAUGUGGUCCCCACCCUCCGAUCACUGUGUAGUCUCUGCAGUGGGCCUGUUCUCUACCAAAGGGGCAGCACAGAGGCAGGAACUUGAACUGAUGAGUGUGUUCAAUGAGAGAGAGAGACACUAGAGAGAGAGGCCAGAGGCCCUGUGGAAAAUUGGCAGUCAUGCUGGGGGACAGACUCUGUAACUACUGACCUGUAUUGCUGUGGGCCAGUGUGGAAGUGCCCUUCAUGUAUGUGUGUUGGUUCUCAGAUUAAAGUUUUGUCUAAAAGUGUUGGUUUCUUCUUUCAGCCUGGUGCCAUGUACCUUACCAGAUGCUGGGCACACAAGGGCUCCCAUGCCAGCCAAGUGCUUAUGUACUGGAGGAGAAAGGCUUCUAAGGGUGAAAACUGCCCCUUGAGAGGGGAUGGUUAUGUCUGUUUCCUCGAGUGUGGGUGGGGCAUGGACACCAGGGAGCCACAUAAUUUCCGCUGGUCCUCAGAUACAUUAUCAGACCACACUUCCUUCUAGUGUGAUCCUGACUGAGGAGGAAACAUGGACUACAAGUCGUUCACUCCUCUCUAGUUACAAAGUUACAAAUAGGCCUCAGGCUCAGGCAACCACUGCAGCUACAAAUUAAUUUUUUCCCCUCAGCAUUUUAGUUCCUUUCUCCCCCUUUUUCCUUUACUGACAAGAGAUACUAGUUUCCCAGUCGUGGCAAUAUAGAAAGUCGUCCUUAAAAAUAAACCGGUUUAGGGGCGCCUGGGUGGCGUGGGUAAGGGCCUGACUCUUGAUUUUGGCUCAAGUCAUGAUCUAAGGGUUCUGAGAUCAAGCCCCAUGUCACGCUCCAUGCUCACGGCCAUGACUCAUUACAGCAAAAUCAUGCAGAGCAAAAUCAGAAAAGGGAUAAGGCCCAUGGGGUGAAGUCCAGGGGAGACCAGUGCCAGCUUCCAGAAUCCUCUCCUCAUGGAGCCACACAAGUCACAUUAAUUCCGCCAGCAGAGAGGUAUGACAAUGCGUGUGGAAUGUUCUCUACCAGGGAUGCUCAGUAGAGACCCAGUCAUUGCCAGAGUUUGUACCGGGGGCUGGUCCUCUAGAUGCCCUUGGCCUGGGAUGCACCAAAAUUAGAGACUCCCAGAAGGAAAGCAGAUGUUCAGCAGCAACCAAAAUUAAAAAGUCACCUAUUGUGUGAUUCCACUUAUAUGAAACUUCCAGAAUAGGUAAAUCCAUAGAGACAGAACCAGAUCAGUGGCUGCCAGGGGCAGGGUUGUGGAGAAUGGGGAAUAAAUGCUUAAUAGGGAGGGGGUCUCCUUUUGGGGUGAUGUAAAUGUCUCAGAUCUAGAUAGUGGGGAUGGUUGCACAACAGCAUGGGCUGUGUGCCCCAUAGAGCAAAGGUGACCCAAAAAACUCAGUAUAAAAAUAAUGACAAGGCCAAACACCUAGGCGUGACCCCUGCACUCUUAAGGACACAAAAAUAAGUGUAAGUUUGUUGUUAGGGGCCCAUGGCACUCAUAACCCAGGGUUAUGUGACACUUCUGUGACAGGCUCCUUGUGAAGAGUGUGGGCCAGGGCCUGGCCCCCAUAUGUGGCCCAAGAUGGGUCAGGCCUGCCCAGGGAGCCGGGUGCCCUUCAUGUUUCUGUGAGAUGCCUCCCCCCGCCAAUUGUGCCAGUGAACUCUCCCAUGAUUUUGUCAGAAGAAACCAUUAAUAUUCUCCUGGUCCUGAGACUUGCUACACAGCAGAGACUAAAAUCUGCAUGUUGUGGGGAGGUUGGGUGGCUCAGUUGGGUAAGCAUUUGACUCUUGAUUUCAGGUUAGGUUAGGAUCUCAGGGUUGUGGGAUCAAGCCCAGCGUAUGGCCCUGUGCUGGGUGUGGAACCUACUUGGAAUUCUCUUUCUCCCUUUCUUCCCUCAGCCCCUCCCCCUGCUCAUGUUCUCCCUCUCUCUCAAAAAAUGAAAUGAAAUGAAAUGAAAUAAAAUAAAAUAAAAUAACAUUUACAUGUUGUGAA